AAUUUUCUUUUCUUAAAUUCCAACAAUUCUUCUUCAAUUUCUUAAGAUUGAAUUGGUCGGUGAGUCAAAAUUUUUGAAUCUUGUCUCGUGAAUCUCCAAUUCGAUCGUUGAACGAGCAUAUACCCGUUUCCUAUUUCCUUUUUCGUCUCGGUUUUUUCUCUCUGCAAUUCUUAUCACCGCCAUUAAACCUGGAUUAUGAUCGUGAUCCAGGAUUCGCCCGUUAUGUUUUCUUUUUUCUCCUCUGUUUCGGUCCUUUUUCUUAUAAAAAUCUGAAUUGAAUCCUUGAAGAAGAACACACCAUAUUUAUACAUUUAUAUUUUUCCUGUUUCAUUUUCGAUUUCCCUGCCCCUGGUUUCUUCUUCUUCGUCUUCUUAAAACUCUAUCGAUAUUCGAUUGAGAUCUUUAGCACUUUUGAUUUUUCUGCUCUCUGUCUAUAUAUAUAUAUAUAUAGGUAGAUUUUUUUUUAUCCUUUGGGAAAGGCAAGUCUUUAGCUUCAUUCUAGGUAUAGGAAAUAAAAAAUUCUUUCACGAGCCACCCUUUGUAGAUAUGGGUUGGUUCUCUGGUUUUUUCUUAGUUGACACCUGGUGUGUUUCAUAUUGAGCUUAUCUUCUACUUCUUCUUCUUCCGAAUUUUUUGGGUGUGUUUUGUUGUUUUGCGGUGUACGAGGAAUCGAGGAGGAGUGGGGGGAAAUCUCGAGAAUUCGUGGUGUUUCGGGUGUGUGAAUUUGGAUGUGGAGGAUAUUUCUGUUGAGGGAAAAAGUGACGAUGAUGAUGUUAUUGUAGAUGACAUCCUUGAUAGAUUAGUAGAGGAUCCGUUUGGGAUGAACGUGAAAUCUACGUUCAAGGCAGCCAUGACUCAGUGGCUUAAUGAUUUAGAGAGUGAUUUGGAUGGAUUUAAGGUACAGGAAUCUGAUAAAGAGGCCGGGGAUGAUCAGAGAUCCGCCAAAGGUCUUAGUUGGGUCUGUAAUGGUGCAAUGUGGUUCCAACCAGAUGACAUUGGUUUUGUGGUUGAUGAAAUAUCAGUGGGACACACUGGUUUCAAUAGGUCUAAGAAUGAUAAUACUAGUUUAAAUCAAGAUUUGAAUGAAGGGGUUGUUUGGGAUAAGCCCCAUGAUGCUUUGUUUCUUGCUAUUGGUUAUCUGGGUAUGAAGGAUCUUCUUGUGGUUGAAAGGGUUUGCAGGUCUCUGCGUGAUGCGGUUAGAGGUGAUCCCCUUCUGUGGAGGACUUUCUAUGUUGAGCAGCCAUUGAAUUGGAGGAUCACAGAUGAUGCCCUUUUGAAUUUGACAAACAGGGCUCAAGGAAAUCUUCAAUGUUUGAAUCUUACAAAUUGCAUACACAUAACUGAUGAUGGGUUGAAGCUUGUGCUUGAAUCCAAUCCGAGAAUAGAAAAGCUAAUUGUUCCGGGAUGUGUGCAACUCAGUAUUGAGGGUCUCUUGUUCAAUUUAAGGGCCUUCACG